AUGGCUCAGACCCAGGACAACUCGGCGCUCUUCGCGGCCAUCUCCAAGGCUGCUGACCAGUACCCCAAGCCUGAGGGUGUCACCUUCAGCUACGGUACUGCUGGCUUCCGUACCCUGGGAAGCAGGCUUCCGUCUGUCAUUCUGCGCGUCGGCCUCCUUGCUGUUCUGCGCUCGCAGCGUCUCAACGGCUCCACUAUUGGUGUCAUGGUCACUGCUUCGCACAACCCCGAGCCCGACAAUGGUGUCAAGCUCGUUGACCCUGCUGGAGAGAUGCUCGAGCAGUCUUGGGAGGCCCACGCUACCAAGCUCGCCAACUGCGCUACCACCGCCGACCUCAUUGCUGCGUACGAGUCGAUUGCCACGGCUCUCCGCAUUAACGUGAACGCACCUGCCUCGGUUGUGUACGCUCGCGACACUCGCCCGUCGGGUCCUGAGCUCAUUAAGGCUCUUGAGACUGGUCUCGCCGCGUACGGUAGCCAGAUCAAGGUGUCGGACAUUGGCAUUACCACCACUCCUGUCCUGCACUACGUCGUCAAGGCCACCAACGACAAGACUGGUCUUUACGGCACCCCCACCAUUGAGGGUUAUUACGUCAAGCUCGCGACUGCCUUCCAGACUCUUGUCGGUAACCGUGGUCCUCUUGCUCCCCUCUACGUCGACUGUGCCAACGGUGUUGGCGCCAUCGCUCUCGCGGACUUUCAGAAGCACAUCGGCGAGCUCCUCCCCUUGAAGGCUAUCAACACCGACCUUGACAAGGCCGGUGCGCUCAACUACCAGUGCGGUGCGGACUUUGUCAAGACCAAGCAGCAGCUUCCUCCCUCGGUCGCCGCUGCCGGCUACCUCUCUGCGCCCAAGACCCACGCUUGCAGCUUUGACGGUGACGCGGACCGUAUCGUCUACUACUACCUCCGUGACGGCAAGCACUUCCGCCUCCUUGAUGGUGACAAGAUUGCCGUCCUUGCUGCUCUCUUCAUCGGCGACCUCAUCGCCCGCGCUGGCCUCACCGACAAGAUCAAGCUGGGUGUGGUGCAGACUGCUUACGCCAACGGCAGCUCGACCAAGUUCAUCAACCACCGUAACAUUCCUGUCACUUGCACCCCCACCGGUGUCAAGCACCUCCACCACGCUGCUCUUCGUUACGACAUUGGUGUCUACUUUGAGGCCAAUGGCCACGGCACCGUCCUCUUCUCGGACGAGGUUCUUGAGACCCUCAAGAACGCCGAGCCCGAGAGCCCCGACCAGAAGAACGCCAUCAAGAACCUGAUUGCGCUCUCCGAAGUCAUCAACCAGGCCGUCGGUGACGCCCUUUCGGACCUCCUCCUCGUCGAGGUUGUGCUCGCUCACCGCGGUUACGGUGCCGAGGAGUGGGACGAGAGCUACGAGGACCUCCCCAACCGCCUGGUCAAGGUUGAGGUUCCCGACCGUUCCAUCUUCCUGACCACCGACGCCGAGCGCAAGCUCACCUCUCCUGCUGGCCUCCAGGCUCUCAUUGACGAGGCUGUGAGCAAGGUCGAGCUCGGCCGCUCGUUUGUCCGCCCAUCGGGUACCGAGGACUGCGUGCGUGUGUACGCUGAGGCUGCCUCGUCGUCGGCUGCUGAGGGCCUGGCCAUCACGGUCUCGGACCUUGUCAAGGAGGGUGCGGCCAAGGUUGCCGCUGAGAAGGCCGGUACGGUCGCCUAA